AUGGUAGAGUUUAAUGGGGGCACUGGCACCCCCUGCCCACCCCCUAGAACCGCCCCUGACUACAGGCAAUAUGAUCAGAGGUGCAGAGUUUUUGCUGUGAAAACAACCAGGACUGAAGUAUGGGUAGAGGUUCUCAGUGAAGGAGCAGCCAGUGAAGGAGUAGAUCAGAGCUGGAGCAUCUACGUCAUAAAAAGAGACCAGACUCUCCUCAUAAUCCACAAACACCCCCACCUUCUGAGGCUGAGACAGCGAAGGAGAAAGCAGCAGGUCGCCACAGAGAGGGCGGGCAUGGCAAAGCUCCCCGACCUGAAGGACGCUGAGGCGGUGCAGAAGUUCUUCCUGGAGGAGAUCCAGCUGGGGGAGGAGCUGCUGGCUCAGGGAGACUAUGAGAAAGGCGUGGACCACCUGACCAACGCCAUCGCAGUGUGUGGGCAGCCCCAGCAGCUGCUGCAGGUGUUGCAGCAGACUCUGCCUCCACCCGUCUUCCAGAUGCUGCUCACCAAACUGCCCAGCAUCAGCCAGCGUAUCGUGAGUGCACAGAGUCUGAGCGAGGACGAUAUAGAAUGAGAGGAUCGAAAGGAAACAACCCUUCCUCCUCUUCUUCCUCUUCCUCUUCCUCAUGCGGAGCCGCCAACGCCUCGGCCUCCAUCACUCCGGCCGACGUCCAUCACUUCCCAUCGACGUGUCCUCUAGGGAAUUAGUUUUUUAUUCCAGCCGUAACCAUGACAGUAGCGUCUGUUUGUUUUUUUACUUAAAUUACCCGUUUUGGGGUAUGAAGAGUUUCCUUAUCAUAACUGCCAGAGAAUUCAAAGCGCCCGCUCCACCAUGGUUGAUGAUAAACUGGACUGGGUGGUGGUGUCGCUCACAUCAUGUUUCAGGUUUACACUGAUUACUGCUAUGAGAAUAUCAGUGGUAGAAAGUUACAGAAACCUUCUCUCUGCUCCACAAAGUAUUUAUUGUUUUUGUUAUCAGUCGUCUUUCUGUUCAGUCUCCACUUGGAAACACUUAAAAAAAAUAAAGUAACAAAAUGUUUUGUUCAUUUUAAAGAGAGGACGACCCUCUUUAGGAAAAUACAAUAAAAAAUGGUAACAAACAA